AUGGCAGCACAAGGAGGAACAACGUUGGAGCACACGCCGACAUGGGUGGUGGCUUUGGUGUGUAGUGUCAUAGUGCUUAUAUCCCUAGCCCUCGAGAGAAUCCUUCACUACACUGGCAAGGCAUGCAUCCUCCCCAUCCACUCUACACAUACACACCCACAUAUAUUCUCAUCUCGAUUUUAUCUCAAGAAACAGAACCAGAAACCUCUGUUUGAGGCCUUGCAGAAGAUCAAAGAAGAGUUGAUGCUUUUGGGGUUUAUAUCACUGCUGCUGACGGUGUGCCAAGAUCGUAUAGCCAAAAUCUGUAUAACGGAGAAACAGGCUAGUCAAUGGCUGCCUUGUAAGAAAGAAAAACAAGAGACCACUACUAGUACUACUGCCCAUUUCCAGACCUUGUUUACUACUUCCUUUCUUCCCUGGACUACUUCCACUGCUACUACUACUGCCCGUCGCUUACUUGCUGACGACUCUGAUUCUGCUGGCUGUCCGGAGGGGAAGGUCCCAUUGUUAUCCACCACUGCAUUGCAUCAUCUUCAUAUCUUCAUCUUUGUGCUGGCUGUGGUGCAUGUGACUUUCUGUGUUCUAACCAUUCUUUUUGGAGGGGCAAAGAUACGUCAAUGGAAACAUUGGGAGGAUUCUAUCGCAAAAAAGGAGUACAACCCCGAAGAAGUUUUGACAAAGAAGUUCACGCACGUUCAAGAUCAUGACUUUAUCAGGGGUCGCUUUCUUGGUAUUGGAAAGAAUUCAGCUUUUCUAGGCUGGUUGCAUGCGUUUUUCAAGCAAUUUUAUGGGUCUGUGACCAAAACAGAUUAUAUGACAAUGCGAUUAGGCUUCAUCAGUACCCAUUGCAGGGGGAAUCCAAAUUUUAAUUUCCACAAGUACAUGAUACGUGCCCUUGAAGCAGAUUUUAAGAGAGUCGUUGGAAUAAGUUGGUAUCUUUGGAUCUUUGUGGUCAUCUUCUUGUUGCUGAAUGUCUCGGGUUGGCAUGCCUAUUUCUGGAUAGCAUUCAUUCCGUUCAUUCUUUUACUUGCUGUUGGCACUAAGUUGGAGCAUGUAAUUACCCAACUGGCCCAUGAGGUUGCUGAGAAACACAUUGCAAUCGAAGGGGACUUGGUUGUUCAACCUUCAGAUGAUCACUUCUGGUUCCACAGGCCCAGACUGGUUCUCUUACUGAUUCAAAUCAUCUUGUUCCAAAAUUCUUUUGAACUGGCAUUUUUCUUCUGGAUAUGGGUUCAAUAUUCAUUUGAUUCCUGCAUAAUGGGGCAAGUUGGUUAUAUCAUCCCAAGACUUGUUAUUGGAGCAUUCAUUCAGUUCGUCUGCAGUUACAGUACCUUGCCAUUGUACGCAAUUGUCACACAGAUGGGAAGUUCAUUCAAGAAGGCUAUAUUUGAAGAACAUAUACAAGAGGGGCUUGUUGGCUGGGCUCGGUCGGCCAAAAAGAACAAGGCGUUGAGAAAGGCUGCUAAUGGUUCUUCUUCUAGCCAAGGAGGACCCAAAGAGGCUUCUCAGACAGUCCAAUUGGCUCAAGUAGCAGGAAAUAAGGAAUCUUCACGAGAAGAUGAUCUCAAGACAGGAGAAAUUGAGCCUGAACUGCCACUCAUAAAUCAAAAUGAAAAACCUCCUGGUCUCACUCAAACUAGUCUUACUAGUAAACUUCAAUAG